AAGAUUUGACUUUAAGUGACAGAAGUGUUUGUUCCGGCGGUGGGAUGAUGGCGACUUUCACUUUGAGACGAAUGCACUCAUUGUGCACAAAUGCACAGUGCAGAUCUGUUCUUGGGGGUUUUAUUCAGCGUGCAAAAGUAUCAACAAUUGAGAGCGUGAAGAACAAUGAACAAUGCCAGUUGGAAUACCUGAGCGGCGACAAUAACGGUAUUGCGGUUAUCUCUAUGAACAGACCAGCAGCAAGAAAUGCUUUUGGAAAACAGUUUCUAAGGGAGUUUUCAGAAUGUUCCAAUGUUGUGAAAUUUGACAAAAAUCUACGAGUGGUAAUUCUUAGGAGCUUGGUGAAAGGAGUGUUCUGUGCAGGAGCGGACCUGAAAGAGAGAGCAAAGAUGACCAAUGAGGAGACUGGACCGUUUGUGGCCGGACUACGAGCCAGUGUCUCGGAGGUGGCUAACCUACCAAUGCCUGUCAUAGCAGCCAUAGAUGGAUUUGCUCUGGGUGGUGGGCUGGAGGCUGCCCUGGCUUGUGAUAUCAGAAUAGCUUCUAAUGAUGCCAAACUGGGUUUAGUGGAAACAAGGCUGGCCAUUAUCCCAGGUGGAGGUGGUACUCAGCGAUUAGCCAGAGCAAUCGGACCAGCCAAGGCCAAGGAACUGAUUUUUGCAGCGCGUGUAUUCACCGGCAAGGAGGCAAUGGAGAUGGGCGUGACCAAUCACUGCGUGGAGCAGAAUUCCGAGGGAGACGCCGGCUAUCAAAAGGCCCUGCAACUGGCGCAAGAGAUACUUCCCCAGGGCCCUGUGGCUCUCAGAGCUGCCAAAUUUGCCAUCAAUAGAGGAAUUGAGGUGGAUAUUUCCAGUGGACUAUCUUUUGAAGAGGCUGGAUACUCACAGGUAAUUCCCACUAAAGAUAGGAGGGAGGCGAUGCAGGCUUGGCUGGAAAAAAGGAAACCUGUGUACCAUGGUCAUUGAUUGCGUUGUCACGAUAACCAGUGGUUACCAUGGAGAUCAAGAUCUGUUGAAAUCAGCAUUAAUCAGUGUUGAUAAAGCAACAUUAUACAAGUAACAUUCCCAAACUUGACAUUUAUUGGUGCAUCAAUGAAUGUAUCAACUUACAGAAAACCACUUCUUACUGUUCAAAAUGUCCAUUACUUGGAUAUGUAUCUCAAAUUGAAAUUGUAUUUUACUAACAAAACAAUCUUUUACAAAUCAUAACAUUACAUAUUCUUAAAGGUGCUGAUCAAUAAAUCAUCAUUUCUAUCAUGAAUGUUUUAAUAUUUCUAAUUAUGAUAUGUUUGUAGGUGAUAAACACCAAAGAUAGACUUGAGGGACUGACGGCUUUUAAGGAGAAACGCCCCCCUAAAUACUCAGGAGAUUGAUACUUUCUGCUAAGCAUGGCCUCUUCUUUCCAGGCUAACAGCUUUGUAAUUUGUCUGUGAUAUUUUGUUUUCACUUUAUAUCAUUAAAAUUUCAUCAGAAAGGAGUAAA